UGUCCCAUCUAUGUUUUUUAGCCGUCCGUGACGUCCAAAAUAGAUAAUAACAACCCCCAAACGCCGCGGCUGUGCGUCAUAUUGUCUUUACACCAACGCCCAGUGCGUGUGCUCGUAGUAGACCGACCGGUCGGGUAAGAAUAUUAGACAAUCUGUGACUGAAACACGCACUACUUUGCGCGAGUGGAAGCACUCCCGUUUCCGCGUGGGUUGUGCGGUCCCGGAUUCUCAGUCGUCUGAUUCUGACCAGAAAGCGUCGCAGACGACGUUUUUCUUCAUUUCCUCCGGUUUUUGGCGAUUCUCGCCAAUUCUGCGCCGGCUUUCGGCUCAAGCUGCACGCCAUGGACAGCUUAGCGCACGACAGAAAGCUCAGCGAGCUGGGCUCCAACGACUUCAACGAUAUUUUGGACACGGACGUCUUCAGACUGCCCCCGAAUGACCAGUUGGACGACCUGCCCUCUGAUUGGCUGAAUGGCCUGCUGGACGAACCACUGAUCCCUGACAAGCCGCUGAACGAUGUUUCGCUGGCACCACCACCACAGAUCCAGGCAGAACACAGCUACUCCAUGAUGAGUGCUGCAGACCUCGCUAUGGAGGAAUCCCUGCGCAUCAAGACUGAGGAAAAUGACUUUGACAUGGCAGACUGGAUGACGUCUGGACACAUGGACCACGGCAUGAUGCACGAUGACCCGAUGGACUACGACAUGGGAAACACAGCCUACCACAUGGCUGAGCAGAUGGAGCCCCUCGAUCUCAUCAAGAUCAAGACUGAACCAACCGAUCCUGACUUGUACUUCCACACCGGCGCUGAUGAUUUGGAUGUCCAGAUGCCCCCCACACCUCCCAGCAGUGCCAGCAGCGACUCAGAAGGCGGCUCCAGCCCCCGCGCCAUCCCGGACAGCCCCACGCGCCCCACGUUCAGCAAACAGGCCGGCCAGUCCAGCGGACCAAUGUCACCAAACCCCGGACAGAACCUGCUCACAAACUUCCAGAAACUGCCGCCUUCCGGACCUUUGAUCCUGACCGAAGAGGAAAAGAGAACGCUGAUCUCCGAGGGUUAUCCCAUCCCGACCAAACUCCCACUCACAAAGGCAGAGGAAAAGUCACUGAAAAAAGUCCGCAGAAAAAUCAAGAACAAGAUUUCAGCACAGGAAAGCAGAAGAAAAAAGAAGGAGUAUGUUGAUCAGUUGGAAAAGAGAGUGGAGAACUUCACACAUGAAAACAACGAGUUGAGAAAGAAAUGCAAUACACUGGAGUCCAGCAACAAGACGUUACUGGUCCAGCUACAGAAGUUGCAGGCGCUGGUCAACAGAGUGCCGCGGCCCUGCAGGACCAACGCCACACAGACAGGCACCUGUCUCAUGGUUUUGGUGGUCUUCUUCGCCAUUUUCCUGGGCAGCUGGAGCCCCACCCUUUACCUCCCCUCCAUGACAAGUUACCUGCCCACCCCCUUCACACACUCAGUGGUACAGUCCAACUCCGGACCAAACCACAUCGGGUUAGCAGGGGUGCCACACUCCGGUGGCGGGGAUGACUACACCACCCCCAACAGACAUUCCUCCCGAGCCCUGUUUGCGUUCACGGAGGAGGUGACAGACGACGUGUCUCACUUCGAGCAGGGCCUGGAUCCCGUGCUGGAGAAGCUAUGGCAGGAGCUGCCCGACGACGCGUACGCCAUCGUCAACAACGAGACAGACAAACCGCUGGUUCUCUCCGGCGGGGAAGAAGACGCGGCGUUCGGGUCUGGUACGGUCCUGCACCCGGACAUCGCCGCCGAGGUGUCCUCCAAGCUCAUCUCCCUCGAACACAGGGCUAACGCUACAGCUUAGGCAUUUGUGAUAUAUUCUUCAUACAGCUAAUGAUAAGAUAUCAUCUGUAUUAUGACUGGAGCUCUGGAAUAUAAAAGGUAUGAAUUCACAGUCGCGCAUUUGCCUUAAUUACUUCCACUAUACAUGCGUGUUACAAAGUCUCCACACAAAAAAAUGUAGCAAACGCUUUGAAGAUACAUACAUGUAUACUUUAUUCUACAAUGUAAGGGUUAGCCUUCCUUUUAAGUUUUACUGCAAUGUGUUACUUAACAUCACAUCAUUCCAUAACAUGAUGGGCGCUCGGCGGCAUUGUUUUUGUGUAGGCCUCUGCAACUGUUAACGGCGUUUAAAAAUUCUGAAAAGUAAUUCAGUAGUAUCUUAAAGGGGCCAAAUUUUUUUAGUAGCUGUAUCAGCGUUCUGUAUUAUAUUUAUAUUCUGGAUGGAUUUAGUUUGGAACCACAUAGGUUUGUAGGGUUAUGUGGACGAUGGACUGGUAACUGGACUUUGAGACAGUUAAUUCCUUAUUAGCUGGUAAGAUAAAGAUAUACUGAUAACAAAAGGUUGACAACAAAAAAAACAGAGAUGACUAUUUCUUUUGAUUGUAAUGAUAACCAUUGUCACCCAGUUAAGUUGUGGUUGAUAUGGUAUACACUGUAUAUGUGUUUGGUAAGAUAGUUUCUUUUUAAGUAAGAGUCUAUUUUGUUAGGUUGAGAUGGACCGUUAUGUCAUUUGUAGUCUGUGACACACGCGCACCAGACUUGAAGAUCGCAGACCUUCAUAUGAAAUACACAAGAGAUCUUUAGAUGUAGUAGGACGACGAAAAUGAUGACAUAUUUUAAAUCGUAAUAUGGAAAACUGGUUAAAGAAGUUUGAAACAGACUCCUGCGUAGCCGAGGAGGUAGAAUGUUUCACAUCUUGUGUUGGUCUGAAAGAGUGCUGUGUCAGAGCUCUAUUUUCCUGAAAUGCGAAUAAAGAUACUUGUACAGCACAAAAUUCCUGCAGAAUAAAAUAUAUAUGGAAUAUGAUGAA